AUGACUGAAGAAAUUUUUCUAGGGCAACCAUGUGAUAUGCAUGUACACCUUCGUGAUGGUGAAAUGUGUGAAAUAGUUACACCAACAGUUCAACAGGGAGGGAUCAGCACAGCUUAUGUAAUGCCUAACUUAACCCCUCCAAUUACAACUGUUGAACAAGCACGUAGAUAUUAUCAUAAAUUACAAGAUAUAUCACCCUCAACACAAUUUCUAAUGAGUUUAUACUUAAAUACUGAAUCUACUCCUGAUCUAGUAAGAUCUGCUAAAGAAUCUGGUUUUAUUUAUGGAUUUAAAUUAUAUCCGGCUGGUGUCACCACUAAUUCUUCUCAAGGUAUUGAUUUGAGCAACCCUGAUGGCCUAAAGACCUUGUAUCCAACCUUCAAAGCCAUGGAAGAAGAAGGGUUGGUUCUUAACUUACAUGGUGAAAUCCCGUCUGAUGCCAAGGGUACUGUCAAUAUAAUGACUGCAGAACCCUUAUUUUUACCUCAAUUGCGUGUUUUGCAUGCAACUUUCCCAAAAUUAAAAAUCAUACUUGAACAUUGCACUACUAAGAAAGCAGUUGAAUUGAUUAAUGAGCUUAACAGCUCAACUAAGGACAGUAAAUCUGUUACUGUUGCAGGUUCAAUUACAGCUCAUCAUCUGUGGUUAACAAUGGAUGACUGGGCUGGUUGUCCCCUAAACUUUUGUAAACCAGUUGCCAAGACAGAGACGGAUAGAAUUGCUUUAAUUGAAGCUGCUACAUCUGGUAAGCCAUGGUUUUUCUUAGGCUCCGAUUCUGCCCCACAUCCAACAAAUCCAUCAAAAUUGGGUCCCCAUAAAAUUGCAGCAGGUGUAUUUACUCAACCAUAUGUUUUAGCGUACGUUGCAAGCAUAUUUGAGAAGGUACAAAAGUUAGACAUAUUAAAAACUUUUGUUACAGAUUCAGGUAGAGAAUUUUAUGGAGUCCCAGAGAGUAAAUCCAAUAAAAAUGUUAAAAAUGUUUACCUACUUAAAGAUGAACAAAAUAUUAAAAUAGCAAAAAGUUUUACAAACGAAAGGGAAAACAUCGAAGUAAUUCCAUUUAGGUCUGAAGAACCUGUUAAUUGGAUUGUUCAAUGGAAAUGA